CUCAUUUUGUGCGUCGUGGGUGAUUCUGGUCCGGAAUCAGACCGAGGCCUCUGUGGUUCACAUCACUUGUUUGCUUCCUGUCGGCGUCCGGCCGCAGGGGUCCGACUAAUGAAGCACGCUGCAGAGGCACGGGACUAGAAAGACAGACAAAAGGACAGAGGGAAGCCCAGUUUGAAAAAAAAAGAGGAAGCCCCCUAAGUCAGUCUACUUCCCGUCAACCCCCCCGCUGCUGUCUAUGAGCCGCUCUGAGGCGCUGUGUUGGAUUUCCCGGCGUUCCUGACAGCACAAGAAAGCCUGAGGAAGCAUCAACGGAAGACACCAUGUCCUCGCCUUCCCUCCCCAUGGCGUCCCUCCCUCCGAGCCCGCUGGCCAUGGAGUACCUCAACGACUUCGAUCUCCUCAAGUUCGAGGUGAAACCCGACACGCCCCCGCUCUCUGCUCAGUGUACGUACCCCAAAUCGGGCCUGCCCCACGACCCCUCCAGCUCGCCGUACGCCAGUCAUCCUCCCCAGGACUCCAGUUUGAGCUCCAGCCCUUACAACUCGCUGCCGCCCUCACCCACACUCAGCGACGCCCAACCGCCGCCUUCGGGCUCGUCCUCCCUGUCUUCGUCGUCCUCCUCCAUCGCCUUCCCGCUGUCCAUGUCCAACAGCUUCACGUCGGGCGUCAGUUCCGGCUCCCAGGAGAACGGAGACGGCAGUCCGGCCCACGGCGGACCUCAGGCCCCCACCCCGGCCUCGCUGGAGGACCUCAUCUGGUUUGCGGCGCUGCAGCAACAGUUUGGAGGGGAGGUCCCUGGGCCCGCCACGCUUCUGGGCGCACUCGGGGGUAGUGGCGACAGAGAGAGGGCGCCGGUCAACGGCUUCCUGGGCUGCGAGGACGCUGUGGAGGCUUUGCUGAACUCGGCUGCGGCCGCCGUCACCUCACAGUUUCCAGGUCUUUCUCAAAGUUCCAGCAGCAACAUGGGAGACUCGGGAAGCGACAGCGGUGCCGACGUGUCCUGCGCCAAGGGGACAGACGUGGGCCACCGCCCGCUCGUCUUCCUGUCCUCAAACACUCCCUUGCUGACCAACGUGACCGCCGCGUCGGCAGCCUACCAGCAGCCCCUAAGCCCUCAGGGCCGCCUCGUGCCCCUUCCGCAUCACCACCAUCAUCAGCACCACCUUCACCACCCCAUGCAUGGCGGCCAUCAUCAUCAUCAUCACCCACAAUGCGGCGCGAACGAGCGCUUCUCCGACGAGCAGCUGGUGAGCCUGUCGGUCCGCGAGCUCAACCGCCACCUGCGGGGCGUCAGCAAAGACGAGGUGGUGCGCCUGAAGCAGAAGCGACGCACCCUCAAGAACCGCGGCUACGCCCAGUCCUGCCGUUACAAGCGCUUACAGCAUCGCCACGCCCUUGAGUCGGAGAAGCACGUGCUAAGUCAACAGCUGGAAGAGCUACAGUGUGAGCUGACUCGGGUGCUGAGGGAGCGAGACGCCUACAAGGCCCGGUACGAGAAGCUCCUUGGCAACAACAACAUUGGCGCUGGGGAGGCCCCGAUCGGCCGCGGCGGCAGCCCGCCUUCGCCGUCACCCGACUUCUUCCUCUGAGUGCGGAAAAGACGAAGACGAACUGUUGGUUUUAGUUGGGUUGAACUCAUCUCUAGGCUGCUUUUUGGACUACACCGUGAAUGAUCGUUGCACUUGCUCGGAACGGGAAGACAUCUUUUAUGAGCAAAAGUCUUGGGACACAUCUAUUAAGCAAACAGGGAUUCGCAGUAAUAAUUCACCUUAGUAGGGUUGGCCGAUAUGGACGAUACAAAUGGCCGAUGAUAGGUUUUAAUAUAUCGCGGUGAUGCAUAUUGACAACACAUUCUAGCUGUGUUACGCAAAUUCGACAGCGACAAUGUAGCAUUCUUGCUAAGCUGCUAGAGGCUAACGUCCCUCCACGGUGCAAAGCCACUUCUAAGUCAGUAAUACAAAUAAACUACGUUUCAUACCCGUAUCAUUAUCACUGGAAGACAAGGAAUAGCUAAACAUACUACACUAGACAGCUUAAGAAGAUAUGCUAACAUUUAUGCUUGAGCUCUUAAAUGUAAACAUCGGUGGGCGCAUGGAUACAAAUAUCGACAGUAACGAUACAGAGUAUAAGAUCAGUAUAUGGCCGAUACUACAAGUGUUAUAUUGAUAUUUUUUUAUUGUCAAAUAAACAGUUGUUUGUGUUAUUAUUUAAAAACUCAGGAAAUAGGUUCCCUGACACAGGACUUUAAGAGAUACAAAAUAAGGAUUUCAAUCAGAGCCAAUUGUAGGAAACAAUGACAAUAAUUAAUAUUAUUCAAACCACUAUCCUGUCUGAUUAUAACUGUGAUCAAAAAUGGAAUCAUUCGAUAAUCGUGUCAAUUUUAAGUAUCUGUAAACCCAAAUUUGUAGUAUCAGCCAAAACUAAUGUAAUGUAUCAGAGCAAAAGUAUAAUAACCAAAUAUGAACGAUAAAUUAACAAGUAGAUUAAUAAUACAGCUGGAAAUGAUGCAAUAUGUUACCAUAUAUGUCAGCAGCCAAAUUAGGAGCCUUUGUAACGGCUCUACAGUAACAAGGGAAUUCAUAUGGCCCCAUUCGUCGCGGUUUACCUGACACAUGAAACGUGACAAAAUGGGGUGGGUGCACGAUCUGCUUUCGCCGCCAGACGGCAGUAGACCGGGAAUAUCUUAAGAUGCGUUUUGUGGCAAUUCCAACUUUGACCACAGCGUCAGUUGCUAUGUAAAGGGGCAAUUUCCAUCAUUUUCAUCAGACUGCAUUGCAAAAUAAUGUACACCUCCUCUUCCUCUCACGCGAGUGGGGCCAUAUGAAUCGCUUCCCUACUGUAUUAUAGUUGAUAGACCAAAUAAUACAUUGUGAUAUACAGUGGGGCAAAAAAGUAUUUAGUCAGCCACCGAUUGUGAAAGU